GCCUGCAAUUUGAUCGCCUUUUGACUCUCCCUCUGUGUCUCAAGCCCAAGCUCUGUCCUAUGUUUGGGUUCCCAUUUUUAGUAAUCCCUCGAAGAAUCGGCCACCCCCAAAAUGUGAAUGAGAUGCAAUAGAGAGGAUUCCCCAAAGCACAAAGUAGAAAUCUAAUCUUUGUUGUCGUUAAUGGCGACUGGUUGGGUCAAAUCGUUGCAAUGCAAAUCGAGAGCCUUCGAAGAUGUUUACCAUCCAAACCCUAAGCAACUCAAUCACCUGAUCGCCUCUUCGAGUUGCAGAAAGAGCGUUCAGAACCUCAAGGACGUGGUCGACACCACCAAGAAGAAGCCCAGGAAAUUAAACCCACCAUCGCCGCCCACACCAUCCAGUUUGAGAAACUCAGGAGAACUCAGUAAAGCUGAAGCCGGUUCGAACCCAUCAAAUCGGGUCCGACGCAGUGUCUCCGCACGUACUUCCCGAACGCCGGAACCCUUCUUCCCAACGCUCACCGAGCUGCCGGAGGGACACCCUUCUCGCAAUGUUGUGGAGAUAAUCUUCCACACGAGCUGGUCGCCUAAGGUAUUCUCCGGACGGAUCGAUAUGUUGUUCAAGGUUCAACACCUGCCCAAGACGGUGGCUCGGUUCGAGGAGUAUCGAGAGAUGGUGAAGUCUCGUGCGAGUGCAGGCGACCUGAAUAGCGACACCAGCAGCGGUGGCGGUCGCGGCGACAGUAUUAGUAGUAGUAGUUGUAGAGAGGAUGAUGCGCGGUGCAUUGCUGAUGGAAACGAGUUGAUGAGAUUCCAUUGCCUGGGCCCCACCACGGGAUGGAUCUACGAUGCCGGUGGCAUGUGUACGUUUUCCGGCAAAAACGCGGCUAUAUGUACUUUCUCCGGUAGCGGAUUAGCUCACGAGAGCGCCGGCAGAGGGAAAGGUAGGAGGGCUAUGCUGGUGUGCCGAGUCAUCGCAGGUAGAGUGUGUAAGCAACUUGGGCUGGAUCCCUUUUUGGAAGGCCGAGUUGGGUUUGACUCAGUGAGUGGGGACAAUGGGGAGCUCCUGCUAUUUGAUUCCCGGGCGGUAUUGCCUUGUUUCCUUAUCAUCUAUAAUAAAAUAUAAAUAAAAAAUAAAAAUAAAAAGGAAAUGUUCUUGUAAUUAUCAACUCUUUUUUUUUGUUAAUGUAAUUUUACCUCAUCUUUUUCUGACCACGAGAAGUAGAAAAUUGGGUUGAUAAAUGCUUCAACAUUUAAUAUGAGUCCAUUUUAAUUUUA